UCACUAUUUUGUUCAAGGUAAAUAAACAUACAAAAUGUAUUCCUAAGUGUAUUGUUAAGUUUGAUCAAUACCACAUGUUAUACCUCUACCCUAUCUCUAUGCAUUUGGCUUUUAUCUACCUUUAAUCACAAAAUCGGUUAUCAUUUGCCCUAACCAAACUUUGUUUUAUAAAAGCGAAAGUGUUCUUAUCUUCUGAUGCAGAUACUGUCCCUGAACCAACAGGGGUAUUCAAUACGAUACCAACAUCAUUUUUCUUUGGACGUUUCAAGUUAAUAGCAUAAGAACAUGUCACUCCUCACUGAGUGGGAUCAAGGUAUUACACAAUGGUGUUGGCUAUAGCGCUGUGAUGACCACACACAUCCUGUGGGUAGCUGUGGGCUCAGGUUGUUUACAGGAACACAUGACCAAUUUCUACCAAGUGAGGGGUUUAUUUCCAACAGUUUAGUCUUUCUUUCCACUUAGUUUUGGUGCCUAUAGAGAUGAUAUGCAUGAUAGCCAUCUUCAGCCUACAAGGAGCUGUCUUGGCCAUUGUGUCUGCGGCAUCUCUCAGUGUCUUCUCUGCUUUCUGUCUGUGGUGCAGGAGGAAAACCAAAAUAAUACAUGAAGAGAAUCAAAUGUAUGACCCUCAAAUAUUCCAACGCGAAGGAAGCAGAUUUGCAGUAAUGCGAUCUAAAACAGUCACACGACCCAACCAGAUUAUAAGAGAGCUGCCUCCAACACCAGCGGAACAAACACCACAAGUUGUGAAUGAGGAGCAAGCAAAGUAUCAAAAUGUUGCAACAGCUCAGAUGGGAAAGGUUGAACCAACAUAUGUAGAUCCAAUCCCAGUGUUAGUGUACCAGAAUGUUAAUGAGAGUGCUAAUGCAGAAUCAGAAACGGAUGGUGAUCAAUAUGAGAAUGUUUUUCCAUCUAUUGAUACAAUCAGCCGGGGCUCUGAUGGCUCAGAUUACGAGAACUCUGAAUUCCUGGAGCAAGUGAAGAUGGGGUUAGAACCAUUAGAGGAUGAUGAACCAGAUUACGUGAAUGACACUGACUGAUAUGGAAUCUACAUGCUCAACGAGUGGAUAUCUAUGGGAAUGGACUUUUCUCUCUUUGUUGAGCUGCUUGAAUAAAUAUUAAGUUAUAAUGAUACAUAUGUCAAUGUGCUAUACCAGAGCAAUGCCAUUUUAGGGUUAAUGACCAAAGUUGUAUUACUUCAUCAGGAAUUCCCUUGAGUCAAAAAAUGUGAGAAACCAUGUGCAGCAGGGAUGGGCAACUGGCAGCCCAUGGAUCAAUUUCCAAAACUCAGUCAGGGUCUCAGUUUACUGUUGAGAGAAUAGUAGAAUACACAAGGUGCACUUUUGAAAUGUGCAGUUGUGCAUCAGCGGUUAUGUCAGCCACUCAAUUAGCCCAUGCCAGCAAAAUUCUUUUAGAUUGGUAAAUUAGACUAGCGGCCAGCUAUCUAAACUCGUAAUCAUGUUCAAAUUAUGGGGCCACCAUUGAUCAUCAGAGAUCAUAUUAACUGCUGUUUGUCUCUACCCUAUGGUACAAUGUGUAGAAUUACAGAAAAUCCACUUAACUGCUGCUACUUUCCCCCGUUUGGACUGCAUGUAUGGAUGUGGGUAUGCAGACCCGCGAGCCACUGUGGCCACCCAUGAGGAGUUCUGAUUUGUGGCCCCCACCCCCAUCAAUGUUGCCCAUCCCUGAAGUACAGUAUUUUUGAUUGUUUGAGUGUUACUGUGUAACUGUCACCAUCUAGUGGUACAAAAUGAAUACGAGUCAGCUCCAAAUGUAAAAUAAAAAAGAUUGUCAAUGUGUAUUAAUAAAUAAAUCCUUACUACAAAACCUUUAAA